GAAGGUUGGGCAGAGGCUGCAGGCUGCAGAGACGCAGAGGGGCCGCGGGGCAGAGCGAUCCCGCCGGAAAGCGGCUCUCCAGCCUCUGCGCCUUCGGGAACCACACGGCCCGCGGGCGCCCUGGAAAGGCCCCUACAGGGGCCUCUGCACACAUACUCACAAUAACUCUUCACCGGAAUGUAUUAUCUCCAUUCUGUAGAUAAGGGAACUAAAACCCAGAGCUGCAGGAGACUGGCCAGAGGUCACACAAGUGACGGAGGCCAGGGCGCCGCAGCCAUGGUGAGCGAGUCCCCGGGGCCCGGCGCCCAGGUCCCCUGGCGGCGAAGCGACGAGGCGCUGCGCGUGAACGUGGGCGGCGUGCGGCGGCGGCUGAGCGCGCGCGCCCUGGCGCGCUUCCCGGGCACGCGGCUGGGCCGCCUGCAGGCCGCGGCGUCGGAGGAGCAGGCGCGGCGCCUGUGUGAUGACUACGAUGCGGCGGCGCGCGAGUUCUACUUCGAUCGGCACCCGGGCUUCUUCCUAGGCCUGCUGCACUUCUACCGCACCGGCCACCUGCACGUGCUCGAUGAGCUGUGCGUCUUCGCCUUCGGCCAGGAGGCCGACUACUGGGGCCUGGGCGAGAGCGCGCUGGCCACGUGCUGCCGCGCGCGCUACCUGGAGCGGCGGGUGACGCGGCCGCGCGCCUGGGACGAGGACAGCGACACGCCGAGCAGCGUGGACCCGUGCCCCGACGAGAUCUCCGACGUGCAGCGCGAGCUGGCGCGCUACGGGGCGGCGCGCUGCGGCCGCCUGCGCCGCCGCCUCUGGCUCACCAUGGAGAACCCGGGCUACUCGCUGCCCAGCAAGCUCUUCAGCUGCGUCUCCAUCGGCGUGGUGCUCGCCUCCAUCGCCGCCAUGUGCAUCCACAGCCUGCCCGAGUACCAGGCCCGCGAGGCGGCGGCUGCGGUGGCGGCAGUGGCCGCGGGCCGCAGCCCUGAGGGCGUGCGCGACGACCCGGUGCUGCGGCGCCUCGAGUAUUUCUGCAUCGCCUGGUUCAGCUUCGAAGUGUCGUCGCGCCUGCUGCUAGCGCCCAGCACGCGCAACUUCUUCUGCCACCCGCUCAACCUCAUCGACAUCGUGUCCGUCCUGCCCUUCUACCUCACGCUGCUGGCCGGUGCGGCGCUCCGAGACCGGGGCGGAGCGGGUGGCGAGGAGCUGGGCGAUCUGGGGAAGGUGGUGCAGGUGUUCCGUCUCAUGCGCAUCUUCCGCGUGCUCAAGUUGGCGCGCCACUCCACCGGUCUGCGCUCGCUGGGCGCAACGCUCAAGCACAGCUACCGUGAGGUGGGCAUCUUGCUGUUGUAUCUGGCCGUGGGGGUGUCCGUGUUCUCCGUCGUGGCCUACACAGCCGAGAAGGAUGAGGACGUGGGCUUUGACACCAUCCCGGCCUGUUGGUGGUGGGGCACGGUGAGCAUGACCACCGUGGGCUAUGGGGACGUGGUACCGGUGACGGUGGCUGGCAAGCUGGCAGCCUCGGGCUGCAUCCUGGGGGGCAUCCUGGUGGUGGCACUCCCCAUCACCAUCAUCUUCAACAAGUUCUCCCACUUCUACCGGCGCCAGAAGGCUCUGGAAGCUGCCGUGCGCAACAGUGACCACCGGGAGUUUGAGGACUUGCUGAGCAGCAUCGAUGGGGUGUCAGAGGCGUCUCUGGAGACCUCUCGCGAGACCUCCCAGGAGGGCAGGUCUGAAGACCUGGAGGCCCAGGCCUCCAGUGGGCCUCCAAACACUCAGGUUUAUUAAAACCAGGGCUCCAUGCACCCCCUUCCCACACCCCUGCAGUCAGCUGAAAUGGAGCAGAGAUUCCUCCCCUGCUUAACUUCUUAGUGAAUGACCUCACAGGAUCACUCACUCUGGCCUCAGAAAUGACACCUGGAGGCUGGGUCCUUUCCUCUAAAGACACAGGGAAGCAUAGUGUUAUCCUAGACUCUAUGAGCCUGCAGAGCAACCCAAAGACCUUUAUAAAUGAACCUUCAAGCCACCUACAGUACAGGCAUGAGCCAAAAAGGGAAAGUCAAAAGGAUGCUAACAAUUCCUGAACACUUCCUAUCUGUUAGCCAUGUCACAUUGACCCUAUGUUAGCAGAUGAGAAUUAUCGACAUUUCACAGAUGAGGAAACUGAGGCUCAGAGAGGCACAAUGACUUGCCUAAAUAUCACACGGCUAGAAGAGGUGGAGCCAAGGUUGGAAUCCCAACUUGUUGAUCUGCCAAGGCAAAUAUUUCUUGCUCUGGUCUUUCUUCUACCCUCACAAAGUUUGCAGGUGGUUUUAGGUGGUUCAUGGGCCCCCAGAGUUGGUUCAUGGUGUUAGACACUUCUGUUAGAGCUAGGGAAAGGACCAGACAGGGGAUUCAGAUGUAGAAUCCCUGGACCUCAUCUGUGGUUCUUUUCCAGGACCUUCCAACAAGAGUUAGCUCUCAAAGAGGAGGUCUGGGAGGAAGGACUAGGAGGCUGCCUCCUCAGUGGAUGGGUAAGACUUGCUAAGCAAUACUCCUAAGGCUUCCUCCCAGAGCUGGCUUAAGAUCCAGAAAAUCUGAAGGGGCCCCGGCAUGAGGCCUGAAGUCUAGACUCAGCUGUGCUAGGGCUGCUCCUUCUCCACAUCUCAGCCCUUGUAUCAGAUGGUCACAGUCUGUGCCCCAGAGGGAGAUGAAAGCCAAAUGGUUCAGGGGUGGCAUUGAUUUAGAGCCAACUCAGCUCUGAAGUACUGAUGGCAAGGAGCUACUGUGCCUGGACAUCUGUCUCCCCUUCCCAGAUCCCCUAGGCUGACCUUGGCAGGUCCCCUCUCCCCGUGACGCAGACCUCCAGCCCUGCCAUGGGUCGCCAGCCAGGCAGAUUCUUGAGUCUCCUGUCCCUUUUGGCCAGGUCCAGCUCUCUCACCUUUUCUGGGGCCAUGUCUCUUAUGACCUGCUGAAUCCUCUCUCUACAUGCUGAGAAAGUUGGGAGGGAAGGGUUCCUGCAGCCCUUUCCACAUACUGUGGCUAGGAGAGCCAUCACGGGACCAUCAUGGCUGGACUGUGGCUCUGUCUUUCCCUAUGCUGAGCUCCAAGAUGGAAGACACUGUCCCACUGAGCCCAGCUUGGUUCGGAACAGGUGUUUUGUCAAUGUUGAAUGGAUUGACCGAUUUGUACAGUCCACUGUGUGCUGGGUGCUGAGGAGAAAGAGAAAAUAGAGAACUUGUCCUCAAGAAAGAGGGCGGAGAUGAGCUCGAAAAGGAGGUUCUGCCUCCCUCCUCCUUGAUUUUUGAGGAUUUAAAAAUGAUUUCCUUAUAGAUUCUUUCCUCACUCAUUCAACCAAUACCUUUUGGAAGGGGCAUAAGCUGGGACUACAUGUGUGCCCUGCAGAUGUAUGUUGUUCGGCCGAACAGUAUUUCUAGUGUAUUUUUUAAUUCAGACAUCGUUGGGGCAGGCACGCUGUCUCCAGUUCCCCAUAGCAACCCCCACUUCCCACAUACCUGCUCAUACACAUAGGCGCCAAUGUGUCAGCCCCACCACUUCUCAGAUCUACAUCACCCACCUGGCUUUUGAAUUAUUAACUGCUUACUAGGUUCCAGAGAUACAAUGGGGAGGAAAAUAUAUAUCCCUGUGCUCAUGAAACUUACAGACUAGUGGAGGAAGUGGAUUUUAAUCCAAUAAUCACAUAAAUAUGUAAUAGUUUUAUGAAGUAAAGGGAACUGUAAGCCUGUAAGGGAGCAGGGACCAUUAACCAAGAAGGUCAGAGAAGACUUUUCUGAGCAAGUGGUCACCCCAUCAUAAGGAUAAAUACCAAAUCAGGCAGUGAGGCUGCCUGGAAGCAUGUUUCAAGCAGAGGGAACAGCAUGUGCGAAGGCCUUGGGUCCCAUACAGGGCCUAGGACACAGUCAGCCCCCACAGGUGGAUGGAUUCUGGGUCUCCAGAUUGGAGCAGAGACUGGAGCUAAGCCAAGAGGCUGCCUGUGAAUUCACCACGCACACACCAGCCCUCCUACACACAUAAUUCCUAGCCCAGCUCUGCCCAGGUCAGGGCACAGAGACCGGAAGGCUGCAUGCACCACCCUUACUGUCUUGCUGGACAUACCAAGGAGCCAGAUAACUUCCAGCCUUUGAGCCCCUAGAGCGGGUGUGAGGAAAGCUCAGGGAAGAAUCGUCUGGCCUGCGUCCAUCACAAGGCUACAUGUAGUCCUGGCAGAAAAGCAACAGCUUACUCCCACUCCUGUGUAUCAGUGAAAACCAUGAUGCAAAUAAAGAGUCUGGGUCCAGGGA